AUGGAAGAAAAUCAAUGGCUCGUGGAAUAUGAGAAGAUUCUCUUUUUCAUUGACACAUCCAACCUAUAUGACAAGCAAAAGGAGUACAUCAACCUCAUGCGAGAUCAAUUCUUGGCUCAAAAAUGGAAGAUGACCUAUGCAAGCAUUGGAGGCUAUGGAUGCAUGGGAAGCAUGGGAGGAAUGCGAGCACCAAUGGGUUGUUAUGGGGGCUAUAGAGGCAUUGGCAGCAUGGGGGGAAUGAGCACAAUGGGAUGGAUGACUUCUAUGGGAGGCAUUGGUGGCUAUGGAGGCAUGGGCGGUGUUGGAGAAAUGGGUGGCAUGGGAGCUCCUCCCGGUGGAUUCAUGGCUUCCAUGGGAGCUCCUCCUAUGCUAUCUAUUACUAUGAAUGAUGGGACGAAUUACUCAAGGGAGUCACAAGCUCUUAGAGCAUCUCUAGCAGAGCCCCACAUCCCCCGCCCGGCCACCCUGCCCCUCCCCCCGCCAGGCCGCCGCGCCCAGCCCCGCCGCCUGGCCGCCGCGCGCCGCCUCCACGGCCACCGCGCGCCGUCGCCGCGCCCGGCCCCGCCCCGCCCGCCGCCCCGCCCCCGCCGCGCCCGCGCCCCGUGCCGGCAGCGAAGCACGUCCGGCUCCGCCCCCGCCCCGGCCCGCUGCGCCGCCCGCCUCGGCCCGCGCCGCGCCCGCGCGCCCGCCCGGCACUGCGCGCCCCGCCACGCCCAGGCCUCGCGCAGCUCCGCCCCGCCCUGCCCCGGCCCUACGCGCGGCAGGCACGCCCGGCCCUGCGCGCGGCAGGCAUGCCCCGGCCUGCGCCGCUCCGCCCUGCCUUGGCCCCGCCCCGCCCCGCCCAACACCGCCCCGGCGAGCUCGAUCCCUCCUCGCCUCGUCACAGACGCUUCCAGGUUCGCCCCGGCCGCGCCCGGCGAACUCGUGGCCGGCCAGCUGUCCGCUCUCCCUUCCCCGAGCUCGCAACGCACGGCCUCGCCGAAAUUUGGUUGA